AUGGCGGCCGAGGGUUCCUCUUUAAUGCCAGAGGUCGGCGCCCUGUUGGCGGGUGGUGUCCUUGUGGAGCCCUAUCUGGAUGGCUUCGCUACAUCGAAUGUGACCACACAGAUCGGUACUCACGCGUAUCUGCCAUGUCGGGUUAAACAACUCGGCAACAAAUCUGUGUCCUGGAUUCGACUUCGUGAUGGACACAUACUCACGGUUGACAGAGCUGUCUUCAUUGCAGAUCAGCGUUUCCUUGCGCUGAAACAGCCGGAUAAAUACUGGACACUACAGAUUAAAUAUGUGCAGGCGCGCGAUGCUGGCACCUACGAGUGUCAGGUCUCCACGGAGCCAAAAGUGAGCGCGCGUGUCCAGCUGCAAGUUGUUGUUCCUCGCACCGAAAUCCUGGGUGAGCCCGAUCGCUAUGUCAAGGCUGGCAGCAAUGUCGUCCUGCGCUGCAUUGUGCGCGGCGCCUUGGAGCCUCCAACGUUCAUCAUGUGGUACCACGGUGCCGAGCAGCUGGCCGCCGAUUCGCGUCGCCAUCGCACACAAUUGGAUCCGAAUCUGCCGGAGGCAAAUGGCGAGGGACAGAGCACGAUCGGCUCAUUAAUCAUCGAGUCGGCCAAGAAGCGUGACAAUGGCAAUUACACUUGUAGCCCCUCAAACAGUCCCAGUGCGACGGUAACGCUCAACAUUAUAAAUGGGGAAUCAUCUGCCUCUGCGGUAACCUCAUCGGCUCCUAUAACUCGUGCUUAUACUUUAUGCAUCUUGGGACUGCUGCUGAGUGUUAUUGUCAUUGGGGUCGGGCACAGGACAUGACAUGUUGAGGAUGGGCAAAAGGAUAAGCUGAUUUAAUGGAAAAUACGCAUAGUAGCAGAUCCAUUGGUUAAAAUAAGCUAAAUAUUCGGCCAACCAGAACUAUAAAUAAA